UUCUCCGAUCCCGGCGAGCGAGCGAGAUGGCGGCGGCGGCGGCGGCUGGGAACCCUCGGGUGUUCUUGGAGGUGUCGAUCGGCGGGAAGCCGGAGCCUGGGCGGAUCGUGAUGGAGCUCUACGCGACCGACGCGCCGCGCACGGCGGAGAACUUCCGCGCGCUCUGCACGGGGGAGCGGGGCGUCGGGAAGCUCGGCAAGCCGCUGCACUACAAGGGGAGCCCGUUCCACCGCGUUAUCCCGCACUUCAUGUGCCAGGGCGGCGACUUCACCAGGGGCGACGGCACCGGCGGGGAGUCCGUCUACGGCGGCGCCAAGUUCCCCGACGAGCGGUUCGUCCACAAGCACUCCGGGCCCGGGGUCGUCUCCAUGGCGAAUUCAGGGGCCAACAGCAACGGGUCCCAGUUCUUCAUCUGCACCGAGGCUUGCCCCUGGCUCGACGGGAAGCACGUCGUGUUCGGGAAGGUUGUGGACGGGAUGGAGAUCGUUAAGGCGGUUGAGGAUGUUGGUGCUCGCUCCGGGACGCCUUCCAAGCCCGUCCUCAUCACCGACUGCGGCCAGCUCUCCUAGAUCCGUCAGUCGCCGCAGUACGUCAGGGUUCUUCGUGUCGUCUCGUCGUGUCCCUAAUUCUUGAGACUUUGUUUUCUUCCCGUACAAAGAGCUGAGCAGGAGCAAAUUACAGGAGUAUUACUUAUCCAAAGUGCUAGGGCGAUUAUCGUGUACUAGGGGUAGUAGUAAGGCAAUGGGACUUUUUUUACUAGACCCGAGAAACGUGAUUCACGGCUCUACCGAUGAUUAUUGACAUCAUCACGCUGCUGCAUAACUUUGCCCCGGUUUUUACCUGCUGAAGAAAAAGGACGGUGCUUUUUCACAAA